UUGACCCCGCCGCCCCGAACCCCCACUCUCCGCCGCUGUCGUGGGGUGACUCAAUGGCUUCUUAUCAGUGAUCGCAGAGAUUACCACAAUUCUCAGCCGGCAGGGAGGCGUGGGAGCAUUCAGCCACACUUUGGGCGAGGCGGCUUGGAAAGGACAGCAGGACGCGGACAGGCAGGCUGCACAAUGGCGGACUUCAACCAGGUGGUGAUGGUGUUGUGGUGGCUGGUGCUCACCGCCUACUACACCCUGGAGUCCCUGGUGAUGCUGUUGGUGCCCAAGCACUACCGCGCUAAGGACGUGCGGGGCAGCGUGGCCCUGGUAACGGGCGGCGGCUCCGGCAUCGGACGGCAGAUCUGCCUCAAGCUGGCAGCGAAGGGCGCUGUGGUGGUCACCUGGGACGUGUCCGAGGCAGGCAACGAGGAGACCGUGCGGCAAGUGCAGGCCGCGGGGGGCCAGUGUCGCGCCUACGUCGUGGACCUGUGCGACCGCCAGACCGUGUACGCCGCCGCCACCAGGCUCAAACAGGAGGUGGGCAAGGUGGACAUCCUGGUGAACAACGCGGGCGUGGUAACGGGCAAGAAUCUGCUGCACUCCCCGGACACCAGCAUCGUUAAGACCUUCGAAGUGAACGCCCUCAGCCAUUUCUGGACGACGAAGGCCUUCCUGCCAGACAUGCUGACAAGGAACAAGGGCCACAUCGUCACCAUCGCCUCCCUCCUGGGCAAGACACCCCUCAAUGGACUCGUCGACUACUGCUCCUCAAAAUACGCUGCCGUAGGCUUCGACGAGGCGCUGCGGGUAGAGCUAAAGGCGUUGGGCAAGACUGGGAUCAAGACAACCUUGGUGUGCCCCUCCCUCGUCAACACCGGCAUGUUUGAAGGUGUUGCUGCUGAGGCGAACCCAUUGGAGCCCGCGCACGUGGCGGAGGAGGUGGUGGAGGCGGUGGAGCUGGGCGUGGGGUUGGUGUACCUACCGAAGAUGAUAAGGCUGUACGUGAUUCUCAAGAGCGUCCUCCCGGAGAAAGCGUUCUACAAGUUGCUGGAGCUGCGGGGCGCCACGAGGGCCAUGGACACCUUCGUGGGGAGGAGGAAGACCCGCUAGAGAGAGAGAGAGAGAGAGAGAGAAUGUGCGUGUAUGUUAGCAGUUAUAUUUUCUCCUCCUUCUUCAGAGAGAGAGAGAGAGAGAGAGAGAGAGAGAGAGAGAGAGAGAAUGCGUUUAUGUUAGCAGUGUUAUAUUUUCUCCUUCCUCAGAGAGAGAGAGAGAGAGAGAGAGAGAGAGAGAGUAGCAAGAACAUUAUAUUUUUCUCCUUUUACUUCUUCACAGAGAGAGAGAGAGAGAGAGAGAGAGAGACUUGUCAAAAUAAUUUCUCCAUUCCAGUAUUUUUUUGUUCACAUGUACUCUUUUCCUCCCUCUGCUCCUUACCUUGUGUUAUGAAGUAGUAAUUAAAACACCUAACUCACCUGUA